CGUCCAAAAACAAUACCUCUUUGUCAUCUGUCUAGAACCCUCUUCUCUUCCCCUUAAACCCCUCGAGGGUUUUUAGUUUUCUUUGCAAUCUGGAUAGCGGUUGAUUGAUCGCCCAAAAUAUCUCUUGUAGCAACUGACUGCUACUCCCUUUUAUCUGUCUAGGGCUCGAUGGCUCCAGUUCUGAGCAGAAGCUUAGGUGCUUCUGCUUCUUUGGUCUCCCCUCCCUUUUCCACACCCUUCUCACGUAAACACCUUAACCUGAAGUCCUUUUGUCUAAGAAGUCCCUUUUUGCCACAGAAUAACGGUCUUAAAAGGGGGUUUUCCUGUACUGGCCUAAGUUGGAAACUUGAGAAACGAAAUAAUCGAAUUGCUGUCAGGUGCGAGGCGGCCGUCGCUGAGAAAGAGGCCGCUGAUUCUUCUGGCGAGAAAUUCGAGUAUCAAGCUGAGGUUAGUCGCCUAUUGGAUUUGAUAGUUCACAGUCUUUACAGCCACAAGGAAGUAUUCCUUAGAGAGCUUGUGAGCAAUGCAAGCGAUGCUUUAGAUAAGUUGAGGUUUUUAAGUGUGACUGAGCCAUCUUUGCUUGGAGAUGCUGGUGACUUGGAGAUUCGCAUAAAACCUGAUCCAGACAAUGGGACCGUCACCAUAACAGACACAGGCAUUGGAAUGACAAAAGAAGAGCUCAUUGACUGUCUUGGAACCAUUGCUCAGAGUGGCACUUCAAAAUUCCUUAAGGCUCUUAAGGAAAAUAAGGAUCUUGGGGCAGACAAUGGUUUGAUUGGUCAAUUUGGUGUUGGGUUCUAUUCUGCUUUUCUUGUGGCUGAGAAGGUUGUAGUGGCUACGAAGAGCCCAAUGUCAGAUAGGCAAUAUGUUUGGGAAGCAGUAGCUGACAGUAGCUCUUACUUGAUUAAGGAAGAAAGUGAUCCUGACAAGCUCCUACGUCGCGGAACACAAAUUACACUUUAUUUAAGGGAGGACGAUAAAUAUGAAUUCUCAGAUCCAGUCAAAAUUCAGGGUUUGGUGAAGAACUACUCACAAUUUGUUUCUUUCCCCAUCUAUACAUGGCAAGAGAAAUCAAGGACUGUUGAGGUGGAAGAGGAGGAAGAACCAAGAGAAGGAGAAGAAGCAAAACCAGAGGAUGAGAAGAAGAAAACAAAGAAAACUAAAACUGAGAAGUAUUGGGAUUGGGAGUUGGCCAAUGAAACAAAGCCAAUAUGGAUGCGAAGUCCAAAGGAAGUUGAAAAGGAUGAGUACCAUGAGUUUUACAAGAAAACAUUUAAUGAAUUCUUGGACCCACUUGCAUGCACGCAUUUCACUACAGAGGGAGAGGUGGAGUUUAGGAGUGUUCUAUACAUACCUGGAAUGGGACCUCUUAACAAUGAGGAGGUUGUGAAUCCAAAAACAAAGAAUAUACGCUUGUAUGUGAAGCGGGUAUUUAUCUCUGAUGAUUUUGAUGGAGAGCUGUUUCCACGAUAUCUGAGCUUUGUGAAGGGUGUGGUUGACUCUGAUGAUCUUCCUCUUAAUGUCUCUCGAGAAAUUCUUCAAGAGAGUCGAAUUGUAAGAAUUAUGAGAAAGAGACUUGUCAGGAAAACAUUUGACAUGAUUCAAGAGCUCUCAGAAAGUGAAAAUAAGGAGGAUUACAAGAAAUUCUGGGAGAAUUUUGGCAGGUUUCUCAAAUUAGGAUGUAUUGAAGACACUGGUAAUCACAAGCGCAUAACUCCUUUGCUGCGGUUCUACACCUCCAAAAGUGAGGAUGAACUCACAACCUUAGAUGAGUAUGUUGAGAACAUGGGGGAACACCAGAAGGCUAUCUAUUACCUGGCAACAGACAGCUUGAAAAGUGCUAAGAGUGCCCCAUUCUUGGAGAAGUUGGUUCAGAAAGGAAUUGAGGUUCUUUACUUAAUUGAGCCUAUUGAUGAAGUUGCCAUCCAGAACCUGCAGACCUACAAAGAAAAGAAAUUUGUUGAUAUCAGCAAGGAAGAUCUAGAACUUGGUGAUGAGGAUGACGUCAAAGAAAGGGAAACUAAACAGGAAUUCAAUCUCCUUUGUGAUUGGAUCAAGCAACAGCUUGGUGACAAGGUUGCCAAAGUCCAAGUUUCAAAGCGUCUAAGCUCAUCUCCCUGUGUGCUUGUUUCUGGCAAGUUUGGUUGGUCAGCCAAUAUGGAAAGGUUGAUGAAAGCACAAGCUCUUGGAGACACUUCCAGCUUGGAGUUCAUGAGAGGAAGGAGAAUAUUGGAGAUUAAUCCAGAUCACCCCAUCAUUAAAGACUUAAAUGCUGCAUGCAAGAAUGUGCCUGAUAGCAGUGAUGCCAAGAGAGCUGUUGAUCUCCUAUACGACACAGCAUUGAUCUCCAGUGGAUUUUCGCCUGACAGCCCAGCUGAGUUGGGUAACAAGAUAUAUGAGAUGAUGGCUAUGGCACUUGGCGGUAGAUGGGGCAGAUCUGAAGAUGACGAGGCAGAUAAUGCUGCAGAAUCUGUUGCCAAUGCGGAUAAAGCUACAGAGCCAGAAGUAGUUGAACCAUCAGAAGUGAGGGCAGAGAAUGAUCCUUGGAACGAUUAAGUGUUUACAUGUUAGAAAUUUUUGGGUAUUAUUUCAUGAACCUCAGGGGAAAUAUGCAUUCAAGAGCGAAGAUCUCUGUGGAAGAGAGUAAAGAGCACUGGUAAAAUUUGUGGUGGGAAAAGAAUAGUCUCUUUCUGCUGAUGAUUUAUAGUUGAAGAGAUGAAGUGUUGUAUGUUUGUCAAUGUCAUGAGGUGAAAACAAUGGCAGAAACUGCACUCUUUCCUUGCUCUUCCUAUAAAGAGUUUGAACCAUUGCCAAACUUGCUUGUUGCUACCAAGCCGAGUGUAAAUCUCAAUAAUUUUUUUUUAAA